AAUUGCAGAUAGAAAAAUCGAGCAAAGAUGGACGACCGCACUGUAGACCUGAUCUUCGCGGGCUCGCUGAAGUCUCUUCCGCCAGUGAGCUCCAAGAUCGUGAGGAUCUUCACCAGUUCCACAUUCACGGAUACCACAAUGGAAAGAAACACGCUCAUGGCGAAGUGCUAUCCAAGAAUAAAAGACUACUGCAGAGAGAAACAUGGCCUAGAGUUUCAAGUGGUAGACAUGCGCUGGGGCGUUCGUGACGAAGCUACUGACGACCACAUGACCACCGAACUCUGCAUGAGAGAGAUCAAAAACUGCCAGCGACUGUCCAUGGGUCCGAAUUUCGUUGUGUUCCUAGGACAAAAAUAUGGAUACAGGUAAGUAUCUUAGUAAUCAAUUUGACAAAACAAAUGCGCCGUUAAGGAACUUAUUUUUAAAAUCGGAUGAAUUAAUUCAACUCGAAUAAUGUUAUGCGGGAUAAAUACGAUACUGUUUACCCAGACGGACUUUUGCCUAAAAGAUCUACCGACUCGUAAAUUUUCUUCAUUUAACGUGUGUAAUAUUGACAUGAAUGGCAUA